AUGAGCUCUAACGAACCAGGAGAGUUUGUCUUUUAUCAUUACGAUCCUUCCCUCCCAGCCGCUGUUAUUUUCAUCAGUCUUUUCGGCAUAACGUCUCUUCUUCACCUCUAUCAGCUCAUCAGAUGUCGGGCCUGGUAUUUCAUACCCUUCCUUGCUGGCUGCAUCUUUGAAAUCGUCGGAUAUAUAGGUCGAGCUUUAUCUGCGACAGAGACUCCCGACUGGACCACUAGGUCGUUUACGAUACAGAGUCUGACCCUUCUUCUGGGUCCCGCCCUCCUCGCCGCCUCCAUUUACAUGGUCCUAGGUCGCUUGGUUAGACUUCUCGAGGCCGAACGUCUCUCUCCGAUCAGAGCGAAUUGGUUAACUAAAAUCUUCGUCUUGGGCGACGUUUUAUCGUUUUUAACCCAAGGUGCCGGCGGUGCCAUCCUUGCCCAGGCCAAGUCAUUGAGUGACCUCAAGCUCGGCGAGAACGUCAUUAUCGCAGGUCUCUGCAUUCAGAUCGCAUUCUUUGGCGUCUUCAUUGUUGUCAUUUGCGUCUUCCACUACCGGAUUAAUGCUUCGCCCACAAAUGUCUGUUACUCUACAACGAUCCCAUGGAGACGGUUUAUGUGGGUUCUCUAUGGCGCCAGCGUCUUGAUUAUGAUUCGAUCUGUUUUUCGAGUCGCUGAGUAUGUCAUGGGCAGCGAUGGACCACUUCUGGCCACCGAAGUCUAUCUUUAUGUCUUUGACGCGGCAUUGAUGCUUGUGGUAGCGGCUAUGUUUAACGUAUAUCAUCCAGGAAAAAUCAUUCAGGUGGAAGACAAGUCACUGGCUCUCUCAAACAACGACACCUCGGUUGAUCUAACUGUCAUGGACUAA